AACUCUCCCCUCCAUUUCACCUUUUCUUAUAUUUUCUCCAAAUCUCUCUGAGUUUCCCUCUUCCUCUCUGUUUAUUCUAAUCGUUUUGCUGAUCAAUGGAUUCUUGGAGCUAUGGGAGAAGCGUUUUCUUACCUAAUGAAACCAUUGCUGAGAACCAAAGAUCCAUGCCUGGAUUUGAACAGGGUCUCUUUACUGAGUUGGAAACUAGUAAUGGAUUCAUUACCAAAGUGGCUUCUUCUUCUUCUUGUGUUGAGGAGAACCAAUCUUUUAAGCUUAUGAGCUUUAUGGAUUACGGGAACCAUGAUGUUACUUCGUCCCUGCCUGCUAAAAAGACUCGAGCUUCAAACUCGUGCUCACAGAGUCCUUUAUGUCAAGUCUAUGGGUGCAAUAUGGAUCUCAGCUUUUCUAAAGAGUACCACAAAAGGCAUAGAGUUUGUGAGGCUCAUUCUAAGACUUCUGUGGUUAUAGUUAGCGGUAUUGAACAGAGGUUUUGUCAACAGUGUAGCAGGUUUCAUUUCCUCUCAGAGUUUGAUGAUGGGAAAAGAAGUUGCAGAAGAAGAUUAGCUGGUCACAAUGAGAGAAGAAGGAAGCCUUCUUUCUAUUUCUUACCGGGUAAGCGGCAUAAGCUUCUUCCUCAAGAGUCGUUUCCUGGUAGUUUCUUAUACAAAGUAAUGGAUGGGGAUGAUCACCGUGCAAGUAGACUAGUGAGUUUCAAAGAUGAACCUAUGUUUCCAGAGCAAAACAUGAUGGAAGCUUCUGGUGUAUCUUAUAUUUGGGACUUGCAAGAGGCGGUGCCACGCUCUACUUGUGCUCUCUCUCUUCUGUCAGCUCAGUCCCAACAACACUUGUCUGAAACUAAUCCAAACAAAAGUUUCUCAAUCACUCAACCAAACCAAAAUUUUAGUCACUGUACAUUAGACUAUCAUCAGAUGCAGCCGUUGAUGAUAGAUGCUGGUAAGAAGACCAAAUCUGGUUCAUCAUCCACGGUUGAUCUACUGCAACUGUCAUCACAUCUCCAAAGAAUCCAGCAACAGCAGAGGAGUUUCACUGAUGAUGUGAAGCAGGAAUAUAAUGAGCUUUAUUUCCCCUAGCUCCUACUAAAAUAAAGGUUACAACAUUCUUGAGUUUCUUGAAACUGUGUUGUGCACAAGAAUAAGGCUGCAUGGUUUGACUAUUUUGUGGGAUUUGAUGAUUAUUGGAUUGGUGUGAUUGUUAGAUUAGGCAAGUCUUGUUACAAGUGAUUUUGUAACUGAUCUUGUUUAUUAUAUCUAUGCCUACUUUGGCAAGUCUUUUUUUUUUUUCUUUUCUGACAAUUUGUAGAUAAUGAUAUAAUGAAUGUACAACUUCAUUACAUGAACACAUCUUAUUGGUGAUAAAAAAAAGUUAUGAA